ACUCCUAUGCCUCCUUUCCUGCUAGAUGCCAAAGACACCCUGGGGGUCCUCUGCCAUUUCUCCUCCUGUUUUGCCUUCCAGCACAUACUUGGCAAAGGGAGGAGAGCUCAACUCUCCCAGUUUUCUGUCUCAAAGGAAACUGAGGUGGCUGUCUCCUCCUUCCUAUAUCCAGGCACCUCUUUUCAUGGUGUUUGCAGAUAAUGGGUAUCUUUGAGGUUUUCAGCCAACUGGCAGUCAUGGAUGAAGUAGGAUGUGGCAUAAAAACAGGGUGACUUGACAGGGAGACCAACAAAACCUCUUCCUUUCCUUCAACCAGACUAAGGAAAGGAAAAAAACACACAAAAAAAGCAGAAAAAUUACUAGGGUUACUUUCAGUGCGUAGUGCUGAAAAGGGAUAAAGAAAAGGCUAGAAAACAGUCAAGAUACAAAACCACACAAUGUCAGGAUUCAAAAAUUGGCAUUACUUCUCCAGCUGAUGUGUAACAUUCAGCUUUCCACCACCUCAAAAAAGGGAUGAAAUAAACAGCUCAUGGGCAGAGAUGAGCUAUUAAACUAUAAAAAUAGUGGGAUUUAAGGUUAAAGCUAUACACCCCGGAGCGCAGAGGGGUAUAUGUGGAUGUGAGACAAGACUACGUGUUAAGGAGUGGUUGGCGCUCCCUGGUGGAUGGCGGGCCGCGCUUUGGGCGGGAAGGGGCGGCUGGGGCUGAGGCGGCAGUUGCGCCGCACUGAAGGGGUGGGCAGCGCAGCGAGAGUGUUUCCUGUGGGGCUGGAGCAGGCUUGUUUGGCGUGGGGGUGUGAAGAUGCUUGGAGAGUAGAGUAGAUGGGAGAAGUGAGGGAUGGCUGGUCAACAGUGGCGACAGCCCUAAGUGCAGAUGGUCAGCCCUUUUGUCUGAAAUGGCUGAAGAGAAUUAUCUGUCACUAACUGAAGUUGUAAAACAAGUUGCUGAGCAGCAGCAUUUACAGUCAUCAGAGAUAGAAAAAAACAAAAUCAUUCUUUUCCAAUUACAGGUUAGAUAUCAGGAACUAGAGAAAGAAAUGGAUUCUAUUCUGUUAGAAACGAAGACAACAGAAAGGGAAAUAUAUCUGCAAGAUGAUGCCAUAGCAGUGACAAAGUAUCACUGUGAAAGCCUAGAAGCUGAAGUCAGAGCCCUAUAUUUGGAAAAUAUGAAGCUGAGGUUUGAUAUAGAAACGAUACAGGAAGAAUAUGAGAUGGCGUCUGCAAGAAAUAGUAAAUAUCGGGAAAAAAUAGAGGCUCAUAAAAGUCUGUUUUGGGAGAUGGAAAGUAAAAUGCCCAUUAUGGUUGAGCUUGCUAAAAAGAAAGCUAUUGUUACAGAGCUGAGGACAAAGAAAGAGGAGUUAAUGAGUGACCUCCAGAAUCCAGAAGGAUCUGCUAUAAAGCAAGUGCAGGAAGAAAUUGCACUUAUAAAACAGGAAAUCACAUCGGUGAAGGAUUUCAUCAAUAAAAAAACAGAUUUGCUGGAAGAAAUUAAAAAAGUGCAUGCUAAGCUUAGAAAAGAAAUUGAGGUACAGAAUAAAAGAUAUGAUGCUAUUCUUAAACGUUUGCACUGUCAGCUGAACAAACUGCAUUCAAAUAAAAGGCAGUGGCACUGGAACAUUCAGCAGAUGGAGAAAAAGGCAGAAGAACUCAGAAAGUGUCUUGAAGAAGUGGAGUUACAGAUUAGCAUCUAAAACAAACCUAAUGAAGCAAUAAUGUGAUACAGUGUGGGUAAUUUUUCCAGACAGGUUAGGGUUUUUUUGUUAUUUGUUAUUUGUUUGCUGGGUUUUUGUGUGUGUGUGUGUGUGUGUGUGUGUGUGUGUGUGUGUGUGCAAAUACUACAAACAGUAAAGUAGCCCAGUACCUGGGUCAAGGCUAGGUGACUUAAUUUCACUUUUUUUUAAUUAAAAAAAAUGAAAUUGAUCUCAAUCUGAAAUAUAUUUGGAAUAACUUUUUUUUUUCCUUUCCUUUUUUUAUUUUCUUCUCUCUGCAGCCACAAGCUGUUUAGGAAGAAAGUUAUUAUUAUUUCCAGGUGUUUACAAAGUAUGUGCCAGUUUUACUUUAAAAACUAAUAUAAAGCCAAUCAAAUAAAAUUUGAUUUCUUUUUUUUUUUUAAUUAGAUCUCUGAAGAUUGAGAUCUACAUUUUUUGUCCUCCAGCAAAAUUAGUAUAUAUUUGCAUUCUUGGGAUACCAAAGCUCUGAUGGCCUGUGUUUUAUUGUGUGGGAAAUUCAUGUAGAUAAUAUCACAGCCUGUUUGCCAUAAGGCUGCCAAAAUGUCCUCAUAUUGUGGAAAAAGAGGACAUAGGCUUUCCAGCUAUAAAAGGCUUAGGAGCAAGUAUACUCAGAUGAAACUUUCAGGUAGCCCAAUUUCAAAUGGUCCAAUAUAUGUUUCCCCAGUAGCUAACAAAGAGGCAUUAAUAGGUAAAGAGAGUACUGCAUCCAGACUGAUUUUAAAAUGGAACAACUCACUAUCUAGAGACAGUAAUCACUGAUUGUAGAUCACUGAUAGCAGAGGAACUUGGAGCAUAGAGGAUAUUAACUAACCGGCCAUCUAACACUGAGUGCUCAGUACUGGGUAAGAUGAUUCUUAACGUAAGUGACCACCAGUGACACUCAUUAAAAUAGUGAACAGUGGAUGUCUUUCUUUGCCUCAUUUUUAUUAUGUGCUUUUAUGUGUCAUUUGUGGAAUUUACAGUACUUUGUCUAGGUAUUAGUUCUGGCUGGAUGUAACCAGUGACUUUUAUAUGUUAUAUGGAAGUGGGUAGCUUUUUAUUUGGAGUGUCACCUACAUAAUUUAGAUUUCUCUUUAUACCUGAUUUCUCUUUAUACCUGAAGUAUGAAGAUUUUAGCAAAUGGAGUGUUUACUAUUAAAACUGUUAAAUUGCCUAUAAAUUGCCUAUAUUCCCUUGUCAGUGUGGGAAAGUAAAGUUAUUAAUUAUUAUAUUGUUAUUAUUAAUUUUUGUAGGACAUUCAUAUAUAUAUAUGUUUUCCUUAAUAUGUAUUUUAAGUAAUACACUGUUCAACUCUCAGGUUAGUUUUGUAUGAUCUUUUUCUGUUACAAUAUAAUCAAUGAGACUACUUAUUUUAACACAAUACUGUAGAAAUAAAUAACCUCAAUAUCCUGUGCUAUAGUAACUAACUACAAUUUGAUAGGAAUAAUUCGAUCCAUUAAAACUUUCAAACGUAAUUUAUUUUAAAAGAAGGCAAAGAUUGACAUCUUAAAACUUACCCCUUAUCUUAACUACCUUUCUUUUCUGGUGUGAAUCACACAUUCCUUUCUUAUGAGUCUAGAAGGGGCACCGAUAGAUCUUUCUCUGGUCACGUACGUGUACAUUACUGUAACAUUAAAGCUGUUUCUCCCUACAUACGGCAGAACAGCUUGCAUUUGAUUGGUGUAUAUCUUCUAGAAAUGGAUUCAGACUUGAAAAGCUGUAGAAUUUACUGUUUAUUGGUAGUUUUGGUAAUUAACUGCUCUUCUUUUGUUUAGAAUCAAUUUGGAUUUGAAUUCAUUCAGCCAUCCAGUGAAAUGAGUGUGCAAUUUAUCUGGUAAUUUCUCUCCAUUAAAAAAAAUAACAUGUUGUUUGUUUGCUGAAUUAAAUAGAUCAAACACGUUGAAGUUAUUAACUGUCAGACCUGACUGAGAGCUUUAGCUCUCCUACUACUUUUAUCUCCCCUGAAGUAGUGCACCAUCCAAAACAUCUACGGUGUUAAAGUGACAUGGCCUUACAUAGGCCUUUUAUAACUUAUAUUGUCUUGUAUUCAGAGUUAUUUUCUCAUUACAUCAGAACCGGAACAGUAAAUGCAUGAGGGUAUAUUUUGUAGCAAAUACACAAAGUAAACCAACAGAAUUUAUUUGGACACUUACAUCACCAUAGAUAUGAUAUCACAGUUUAACCUUGUUCUUUAGUACCAGUUGAAAACAGCUCUAGCAAACAGUCCAAACCUUCUAACUUAACAAAAAUACAGCACAUUGGUUUUCUUUUUGUCCAACAAAGAUGUCCAUCAUUACUUCUCUGGGUGAUAGAAAUUUUCUGUGUAUCAACACACCUGUAACACAAUUCAGUCAUAUCAAGUAAAUAACUUAUUCCUACAUGUUACCUGCUUGGUCGGUUGGUUGGCUGGUUAGUUUUUAACUUAUUCUCAGUAAGUUUCAGUAACUUAUGGAAACGGCUUCUUUCGCACAUCUUUUUAACCGUUUUAGUAUCAUUUAACAAAGAUGAAUAUGCAAAUUGCGUAUAAUAUUACUGCACUCCUGUUAGUACUACCUGCUGAGGAAAGAUUCCCUUGUCCUACGCAGACUUCCCUACUGUCCAAAGCCUCAAGUUUCUAAUACUUCUUUUCGUUCAGUACCUUCCAAGAAAGCUCAUGGUUUUGUCUGCCAGAGUCCUUAUCAUCUUCAUUGGAUCUCAGCUAUCAAAGGUGCUUCUCAGCUUUCUUGCCACAAGGUAUAAACUCAAGCAUUCAUUUUGCUGUGUGUGUAUAAAUUGAAGCAUUUAAUUUUGUUGUGUCUCUCUCUGCUAUGUAUAACUGUUCUCAUUUUUGUGUCAUUAACAUAUUACACUAGAAUGAAGUUUAUCUUAUAUUCCAUACCAAAUAAAAAGUUUUGGUCCAAA